AUGCCAACAACACAUGUCCUUGCGACAAUGAUGCUCUCUGUUGCUGUUGCGCGGAUGAUCCAUGUGCCUACGGUUGGGGCAAAUACCAACUUCCAUUUUACCACCGAUGUCAUCGCCGGUGCAUGGGCCUGGGAGUCGGGCACAAUUGGAGGUGUCAAUCUCCAUGAUAAUGGUCUUCUUACUUGGAAUGCUCAGUCUGACAAAGUUCAAUCCGUUUGCAUCGCAUACAAGAACAACGGAGGAUAUUUCUGCUACGAGAGACCAGGACAGGCGGCAUGUGUGAUUGAUACAUCACCAGAGAACAUUGACGAUAUGUGGGGCUUUCCUUAA